GUCCAACCUAAUUCCUUCUCCUAAUUGCUCUUCCCUCAAUUUCGUUUGUAACGCAUCAACUCUCUUCCUUAAAACUCUUCACAUGUCAUCGGUUACCCAUUAACAUUCUUCCUUUCUUCCUCCUACGUACGAUGAUUUUCUCCCCAAAGCGUCUUUCUCUGCCUUCUCCUCUCCCUUGCAGUUUUUGGCUACAUUAACCUGCUUCUACCAUUUAAAAAUCUCUUCGCGUUCUGCAAUACAACUAUUUUACAAUCUUCCAUGGACCAAUGGCCUCUCAAAUCCAGCAAGAAACUCAGAUUCCAACAGUGUCAAAAGUCGCUAUAUGAGACGUGGAAUAGAAGUCAUGAAUCCGGAUGAGAUCAAUACGAUUAGCAAAGCACGAACUUUCCACCAAGAGCUUGAGACGAAGACAAAUCUUGCUCGAGACAUUAAAAGACAAUAAACAGAGAAGCCAAGAUGGGACGAUUGCUCCUGUGGACGAGACGACAUCAGCGGUUCAGAUUGCGUAGAUUUAAGUUUUAUUUGGAUGAGACUAAUGGCAGUAAAUUAUGUGGAUAUUAUAAAGUAAUGACCUAUCUGUGUACAAAGAAACCUAGUUUCUCUUUGGGAAGAAAUCUGAGAAGCGAAAACAAGGAAGAACAGCAAACUGGUAGACGAAUUUGCACUAUAAAUCAAUGGUGGGAGAGGUACGGUUUUCCGUGUAAUGCUGUCUUUAUAGUUGUUUGAGUGCAAAUGUUUGGAUUUAUAAUCGGUAGUUUUUUUGUUCGACAAGUGGAGGAAGUUCCUGUCUUUGUUAUUGCUGGGAGCUGGGAAUGUUGCGUGAAGGGAAUCUGGGACUUUGUCAUCGCUAAAGAGUGUUAUGGGCGGAGCAUUUCAAUGCAAAUGAGUAUGACUUAUGAAGAUCUCUUGUCGAAAAUCAGAUCGGAAUUCGAGUUUGAAGGUAUGCAGCUCAGACCAAAGCUUAGCUACUGGCUUCCAUCACAACUCUCUGUUUUUUCGGUUAAUACUAGGCCGCCAGUAAUUAUUACAAGCAGUAUGAGUAUAAGGAAUUUUCUGGAAGUUAGGAACACUGCAGUUCAUAUUAACUUGUUGCUAUCCCUUGAGCCUCAACCUGCGGAAAACAGAUCAGUGGUAAUUAGGUCUAACUGCUCACUGGCCUCAGAAAGAGGCAAAGGGAGUGUACCUGAAGGUGGUGGUUCUGACUUCUUGCGAAGGUAUGGUUUAGAAACUGGUGGGACUAAUAGAAGUGAAGUCAACAAUGUGAGUGGUGUUAGGAGAAGGCUGUUUGAUGAUGAUGGACAGACUGAUGCAGUCAGAUUCCUCUCAGUAGCAUCCAAUAGUGAAGCGUCUGAUUUGCAGAGAAAUGAUCCGCUGGUGACUGGGGUAGGCCUGCUCCCUGGUGUUGAUGAUAGUGGGCUGAUUAGACUUGGUGAUUCUCAGACACCGUCUCUCUCUGCGUCUUCUGAAGGAUAUCUUCUUUCUGCUGAGGCUGUCGAGGAGAAUGAGAGUAUGAGUGAGGAUCAGGCAGCGCUGCAGGCAGUUGAAGAAUUUGAAGAGCAGGAGCGCCUUCGCUGUGCUGAUAAAGGAAAGGCAAUUCAGGGUGCUGAAGAUCUUGUUUAUAUUGACUCUGGAGAUUCGCAUACGGAUGGUGUUGUUGGAUCAGGAUCAGAUGAUGAUCAACAGGAGGACUCGCAGUACUGGAUUGAUUUGUUUGAUCAACAAUAUCCUUUGCAUUGGCCUUCACCGUUGCUUGAAGUUGGUGAACCUUCUGUGCCUGUUGGUGAAAGGUUGUCUGUUCCAGCAGGAGAUGAUGUAGAUGUUGGUGCUGCUGUGUUAACAUAUGUGACACAAGGAACAGCUAACGAAGAGAUUGAUCUUAAUACAGUAGCAGGUGUGACUCCAAAUAUAAGGCCAGCUCCCACUGAUGUUCCUGCCAUACCUGCAACUACCCAAGCAAGUGAAAUAGACAAUGGCAUGCCUGAGCUUACGCAAAGAGAAGAUGCGGCCCCUGUCUAUGAUGACAUAUAUGAAGUAACAGCCACUGAAGGGUCUGACAAUGAUUCUGCUGAAGGAGAUGUUAUUUACAGAGGCCGCGUGUUUAAAAACAAAGUUGAUGUGCAGAAUACGCUUGCCAUAUAUGCAAUCAAGAGAUUGUUCCAUUUCAGACAAACCAAAUCUGACACCGAAAGGCUGAUUUUUGUUUGUGUUGAUCAGCAUUGUCCGUGGAGAGUGUUUGCCCGUGUUGUAUCGCCAUUCUCAGAGAACUUUGAGAUUCGGACAUGUACAUUGACACACACUUGUUCUAUAACAGCAAGGUCCCAAUAUGGUAAGCAAGCGUCAGCAAAGGUGAUUGCUGAAGUUCUUAAGGAUAGGUAUGCAAAUGGGUUACCUGGUCCUCGAGCUGUUGAUAUCCCGGAUAUUGUAUUACAGGAGCUCAAAGUUUCUAUUAACUAUAUGAAGGCGUGGUAUGCAAAAGAAGCUGCUGUUUUUGCAAGCCGGGGUAGUGACGAGCGCAGCUAUGAGCUACUUGGUGUGUAUAUGCAUUUACUGCAAAAAGGAAAUCCAGGAACUGUCUACAAGCUUGAAUACACAAAAGCUGCAAAUGGAGUGAAGCAGUUUAAGUAUCUUUUUUUCUCACUUGGGGCGAGUAUUGCUGGGAUAAGGACCAUGCGAAGGGCUGUGCUUAUUGACGGAACAACUAUCAAGUCCAAAUUUAAAGGGGUGUUACUGACUGCAAGUAUGCAGGACGCCAAUAUGCAAGUCUUUCCCAUUGGCUUUGGAAUAGUAGAUAGUGAGAAUGAGCUGGCGUGGACAUGGUUUUUGAGGGAGUUGAGCCUGUUGCUGCCAGACGCUGAGGAUCUGGUUAUUGUUUCUGACCGGCAUAGGUCAAUCUAUGCUGCAAAGCGCCACAUUUAUCCACUAGCGUUUCAUGGUGCUUGUGCUGUUCAUUUAGUGAGGAAUGUGAGGAGUAAUUGCCAUGGAACCGGUGUUGCAGGCCUUGUUGCAAAAGCCGCACGGGCUUUUAAUGUUGGCGACUUUGAGGAGUGGUUUAAGGAGAUAGUAAAGAGAGACCACAAGUGUGCAGCCUAUUUGGACGUCAUCCCGCGUGAGCACUGGACUCAGGCCUAUUGUCCUGCAAAGAAAUACAAUAUCAUGAGCUCAAAUAUUACGGAGGCCCUUAAUGGUGCGCUUGCAAAGAUUGUUGAGCUACCUAUUCUUUCUAUCGUCGAGUCUAUAAGGACUAAACUAAUGGAGUGGUUUUGCCUACGGAGGGAGAAAGGAAAAAGACUAUCUGUUUUUCCAGAUCCUAUCACUCCAAAUGUUAACAAGCUCCUUCUUCGAUACCAGGCUGACUCCGCUGAUAUGCCUGUGAAACCUGUGUCAGCAAUGAGUUUCCAAGUUGGUGAUGGCAAGAAGAAUUACUAUGUUGACCUUGAGAAGAAAACGUGCACCUGCUUAUUGUUCCAGAAACUGGAAAUCCCCUGUAGCCACGCUUUGGCUGCUGCAAGGCUAAGGGGAAUUUAUGUUCCAGCACUCAUAUCUUCUCACUACACACUUGCAACAUUUUGUGAAGCAUAUGCAGAAUACAUAUUCCCUGUCCCUAAUCAAUGUGAUGAGGUAAUUCCAGCAGUGGUGGAGCAGACUCAAUUCAUUCAACCUAUUAAUCCAAAUGGGCCAGGCCGGCGCAAGAAAAAGAGGAUCCCAUCAGCCGGUGAAUUCACGGCUGCAAAGAGAAGGAAGAGUGGACCACACAAGUGUUCAAGCUGCUUGAAAACAGGGCAUAACAGAGCAACUUGCUCUAAUGUGCUUCCAUAAAGUGUCUGGUUGCACAACAGUUUUUUGGGGGCGUUGUGAUGAAGCAGAUAAAGGUUGUCAUGGAGAAGGUUUUUUGUUGUCUGGUGAACAAGGUUUGAUGUAUUACCAAUAGCGGAUUGAAGAACUGGAGCGGGAAGGAGUUGUUCAGCAAGUAGGGUAAAGAAGCCCAAGUUUUUUGGUGACUUUGCAAUGCAAAACAUGUAGAUAUCAUUGCAAAGCAUUUCUAGGUGUCUGUUUUUAACUUAAACUGCAUUUGGUAGUUAGAAAGUUGGGAAGAUGGUGUUAAAUCUCGGUAUUGUCAUGUAAUAUCUAUGUGCCUGUUUUAGCUUAAAUUGCAUUUGGCAGUUUAAAAGCUGGGUUUGUGGGGUUAAAACUCCAUAUUGGCGUGUAAUAGGUAUGUGUUUCCCUUUUUUGUAAACAAGGCUAUGUACUUGGAACUUUGAAUAUGAAUGACAACUGCUGCGUGCCCUUUAUUAAA